AUGGGAACCCCGUCGCGUGCAAUUCUCUCGCUGCUGUCUGAGCGGGCGGUGUCGCUCGGAGACGCAUCCCCCUGCAUGGGCACGGCCCGUUAUCUCGGUUCCAUUGGUGCCUCUCUGGUCGCACUUUCUCGCAGUACACGUGACGUGCAGCUGGCGCGCUGCGCGAAUACCGCCGUGCAGCAGCUCGCCUCGCUGCUUCCGCGUCUCCCUGUCGCAGUGCCGUUUCCGGACGAGGUGGCUGUACACGUUUUUCGCAUUGUAAAAGGCGGCAGUGAUGUGAAUCUUUCGCCCGCCACUAUCGGUAGCCUGCUGACGGAACUUGACGAGCGGAUUACUGGGGCACAGAUUGCGAUGUGGAGGCCGCAAACAAUUGUGGCGUCCCUUCACGCAAUUGCCAAGGCCGCUCUGACAGGUCCGUUGGAUAUGGUGGAUGCGCUACUCUUCUGUGAGAAGCAGCAAUUGUCACAGCUGGAUGAGCGAAAAACGGCUCAACUCCUGUGGUGCAUUGCUAGACUUCAAAUGGAGAGGGAACAUGCAGCACUCUGGAAGGCAACGUGUCGUCGCCUCCUUCGUUUCUCAAAGAACAUGUCUAGCACCAGUCGCUUGCUGGUUGUGGAGGCGUUGAUUACCGUCCCAGAGUGUGUGUGUGAUGCGCAACAGGAGUUGCUGUGCGCGGUACAGGAGGCUCGCCUUGCUGAAAGAGACAUGGAUGCCUUUGAGGGAGAGGAAGAAGUAAUGAUGGGAAGCGACUACCAGGCGCUGAAGGUCCGUCUGCUAUCGGAUGCCCAUCUGUUGCCGGUGGAGUCUAUUGUGCGAAUGCUUACCAAGGCGCUUAGUGCCUCAACAGCUGGGUCCGACGAGGUAGACUACUUGCUGCGGCACUUGCAGCGGCGAUCUCUCAAGGCGGAGGUGUGCCGCGAGCUUUUGGAGGUCCUCGCGCGCCUUGAGCCGACUGAACUCACGCAGUCUUUGCGCCGUCAAGUCAUUGACUGCAUCCGUCCUGGUAGUGAUGGCCAUGUGGAGUCUUCGCAGGUGGUGGUGGUGGUGGACCCCGUGCAUGCAUUGGGGACUGUGUGCACCGCCGCCGCGCUGGAGCGACAACACACGCGCACUGUGGGAGCAGAGACCCGAGGACUUCUAGAGGAGUUGCUGGAAAAGUGCCAUGAGAUGCAUGAUGUUGUAUGGAAUAGGUACAGCGGCAGGCUUGCGGGAACGCUGGGCGUGGCGUUGGAUGUGUUGGCCUCCUGCGAUCCAGCCAAAGAGGACUGUGCAUCUGCUGCGAAUUGCAGGCGCAUGCUCGAGCGAUUCCCCAGGGCGUGGGAGGAGGGCGGCGUAACGUCGGCUGUGGUUACGGAGUGUGCUGCGUGUGUGUGCAGCGCUUGUGAGUUGCUACGCGUGCCGCAUCUGCUGCGGUCUACAGAAAGAACGAUUGGAGCGACGGACGUGGUGAUGGAGGAGGAGGGUGAGACUGAGAGCAGCAUGUACAGGGGCACGGAUGCGUUGUUGCAGCGCUGCACGGAUACACUCGAGCGGUUCGCCCCAUUUUUAUCGGCGGCUGUCGCAUUUGAGAUCUGGCGGGCGGCAGCAGGCGUUGCGACGGGGCGUUCAGGCGCUCUGCGGCCGCUCAUGGUGCUGCUGCUGACCUUCGCGGAGCAGCAUCCGGCGGAAUUCUCGCUGAGAGAAGUUGCAAUGUUUGUGGGGGCGGAGUGCCAUCAGUUUCCUGCAGAGGCGUUUGAAUUGUUCGUUCGGUGCCUCAUGAAUGAAAGCAAGAACGUGACGCCUGCGCAACUUGAUGUGCUGGCCGCCGCGGUGGAAGCCGUUGCUGCGCGUUUGGACAAGGCGCUGUUGGAGAAGCUGCUGCUGCAGCUUUUUCUCCGGCCACUGGGGCAAGAAAAGGCUCUGGUGCGCACCAUCCCCAUCCCAACGUCCGUGUUGGUGCGUCUCUAUCGGUGCUGCGACGUUGCGUCCGACGUUGCGGCUUCCAUGCAGGCGACGUUGCUGGAGCUAAUAGUGGAUUCGUGUGCGCAGUGCACAACAAUGGAGGAGCUUAACACGGCGGCAUCGUUGCUUCCGCAGCUACAGCAGGGUACUCUGAAGGACGCACUUGCGUGGGCCCUGACAAAGAGGGGAACGUUGAAUGCGGCGGUGGCACCCGACGUCCAGAAGGCGUUGUUGGUGGUCUAUCUCCAGAAGGCCGGCGUCGCGGUGGACGAGGGUCUCUUGACGGCGUUAAGGCGCCGGCCGUAA